GGGUCCAAUUGUCUCCCUAGAUGGUCUCCUGCUUUGAAUGUAUUUAUAGAAUUUUUUGUUGUUGGUUUUUAUGUUCUUAGCAAUGUGCUCCUCAAAUUCUUUUUUAGCAUCCCUUAUUGUCUUCUUGCAUUUCUUUUGCCAGAGUUUGUGUUCCCAGCUUCAGCCCGAAACCUUGCAGAGCUGCUGCCAGUCAGUGUAGACAAUACUGAGCUAGAUGGACCACUGGUCUGACUUGGCAAAAGGCAGGUAUGCGGAAACAUUGGCCCAACUCCCAUCAGCCCCUGCAGCAAGCAUGGCCAGUGACGGGUGAUGAUGGGAGUUGCCAUCUGGCAGCACCUGGAGGGCCAAAGGUUCCCCAUGCCCAGUAUAAUGCAGCUGCCCCACGUCCCUCUCUGCUCCCUCCAGAGCAGAGCCUGCCAGAGCCAGGGAUGGAUAGCUGUGCCAGGGCCCAAGGACAGUCCAACUGGCACCUGCUGGAGGGCCAAGGAAGCAGAACACCCAGGCCCUUGCCUGAUUGGCCAGCCAUAUUGCCCUUGAGCAGGCUGUUUACUCCACGGGCCAAUCAGGAGCUGGGGAGAUGUUUCUGUUGGUGGGAGUGAGGGACCCUCAGUUGCGGCUGGAAUCUCCCAUCAGGCCACCCGGCCAGCCCACCCACUGCUUACUCACCAUGGUGCUGGAGCUGUACCUCGACCUGCUCUCCCAGCCCUGCCGGGCGGUCUACAUCUUUGCCAAGAAAAACAACAUCCCUUUCAUGACGAAGAGCAUUGAUAUGCUUAAAGGACAACAGUUUAGUGAGGAAUUUAACAAGGUGAACAUCCUAAGGAAAGUGCCAGUUCUGAAAGAUGGAGACUAUACCUUAGAAGAGAGUAUAGCCAUCCUCCUCUACCUGACCCGGAAGUACAACACACCAAGCCACUGGUACCCGCCGGACAUGAAGAAGCGAGGCCGCGUUGAUGAGUUCAUGGCUUGGCAGCACAGCACCAUCCGGGCCAGCGCCUCCAAGAUCUUGUGGCUCAAGGUGGUGAUCCCCCUCUUCCUAGGUCAGCAAGUGCCCCCCGAGAAGCUCCAAGACGCCAUGGAGGACCUGACCGUCGCCCUGCAGAAGUUGGAAGAAAAGUUCCUGCAGGACAAGCCCUUCAUAAUUGGCACAGAGAUCUCCCUGGCUGACCUGGUGGCCAUUGUGGAGCUCAUGCAGCCCAUGGGAGCUGGCUGGGAUGUCUUUGAGGGCCGGCCGAAGCUCCAAGAGUGGCGCAAAAGGGUUGAGGUGACCCUGGGGAAAGAGCUCUUUGCGGACGCGCAUGCUCGGAUCCUGAAUACCCAAGAGCUGAGGAAUAUUAGCAUUGACCCGCCCCUGAAAGCCCAAAUGAAGCCCAUGCUGUUGAAGAUGCUGAAAUAAAGAGGGCGCUUGAAGCUCUUCCCUCCAUUCUCCGCCCAGGUCUUGGUCUACCACUGGAGUUUGCACUUUGCCCUGUGGGGGGUGGCACCCUUUUUCUGCUAUGAGGUUGUGAGGUUGUUAUGCCCAGGCAAAAGGAAUUACUGAUACCUCUUAAGCAAAGGGAGAACACCUUGUACAAAUUCAGUGCAGCAAUGUAAUCUAGAUGCUGCAUGAAAUCCUAGAUCCUGUACUCAGAAUAAA